AUGGCCGUUGAGCUCUCCAUCGUGUCCUUCGCGUGUGCCGCCAUUCUCGUCGUGUUCCUCCCGGUGAAACGCAUAAGCGGUAGCGUCCCCAACUUGGCGAUCUUGCUAUGGCUAGGUGGAUACAAUGUGGUGCAUGGGAUCAACGCAGUGGUGUGGAAUGGCAACGCUCAUACCCACGUACCUGUCUGGUGCGAUAUUGUCACGAAACUAAUGUUGGGCGCUAAUAUAGCACUGCCUGGAGCAUUCUUAUGCAUUUCACGCCACUUGGAACUCGUUUCUUCCUCAAGGAUGAUUUCCUUAGAUAAGAAAGUCAUACGAAACCGCACGAUUUUAGAUCUUACUCUUUGUUACGCGAUACCUAUUCUUUACAUGUCUUUGCACGUGGUCGCCCAAGAUCACCGGUUUGAUCUCGUCAAGAACUUCGGCUGCUCCGCUUCGAUACAUCCUUCAACUUUGAGUUUCUUAAUCAUUUCGAUCCCUCCACUCCUUAUUUGCAUUCUUUCACUCGUUUUAUCUGGUAUCUCCAUCCAUCACGCUCACCGCAAUUCCUCCUCGCGAUUUGUCGUCCACGUCGAAUCGCGUUCAACGAUGACCCCCUCGAUAUUUGUUCGCCGGCUCGCCACAACCAUGAUCAUGAGCGGUGCCCUUGCCCUCAUCGGCGUGUUUUCGUUUUUCUCUGUUCCGGUUUUCCAGCCCUGGGUGUCAUGGGCCUCUGUACACGCGUCGAUGGGCAAAAUUGACGUCCUCAAGUCUUCAUCGGAUAUCAAGGUUGUAGAGAUGGCAUGGUGGUCUAUCUUUGGUCUGUCUGUGCUGUACAUCAUACUUGUCUUAGGUUUGGGAGAGGAGACGAGGGAUCUGUUCAAGUGGGUCAAGGAGCAGGCUACUCGCAAGAGGGAGCUUCCUAAGUUCACGCUACCUACCUACAACGUGAAGACGACUCAAUCGCCUAUGGUCUCCUAUUCGCCUUCCCUGAUGAAGCCCCAAUUACGACCUCUCACCGUCGAACUCAAGUCUGGCUGGGACGACAUGCUCAACGUGAAGGCCCCGAAGCAGAGGACUCAGACCAGCGAAAAGAGCGUGUCCUCUGCUUGCUCCAGCCCAACCCCGAGCGACCGCUCUGUAGCGGAGGACGACCAGGCCUUCAUGAACUCAACUCUGACAUACCUCGGAUCGCCCACGGCGAAGACGUUGGGCAUCGCGUCUCCCAUACCAGCGGCUCUCGGCUCGCCUCCUCGCCGUGCAAUGGAACUCACUAUCCCACCACGUCCCGUGUCUCCUCCGCCCAUGGCGCCGAAAGCGAAACCAUCGAUACCCCUGAUUCAGGUGCCCACACCCACGUCGAGCAAUAAUGUCCUCUACCUCGCGUCACCCAAGCCAAUCAACGUCGACGUACCCUCAAGCAUCUCGUCCGUGUUCGAGGCGUCCUGGCCCCUCCCGCCCGCUUCUCCGACCCCGAGCCUCGGACCUUCGAGGGGCGGAAAUCGCUCGCCAUCCCAUUCGUCUCCGACAAGGUCGCAUUCGCGGCGAGGAUCUCCUUCUCCGUCUCAUUCUCCUGCGACAGAGUCAUUCUACACCGAUGGCCCUGCCUCUCCAGCUCCUUCCACGACCUAUAUCAACCCACGACCCGCGCCACCUGUCCCUCCAUCCCCGUCUCCUGCGCCGUCUUUCGGGUACCCACUUGGACCGAGCAUCACCCCUCCGUACAUGCGCAGCCGGCCGUUCGAAGGCGAGGCUGAGGUGGCUGCCAUUGCGGGUGUGCGGGUGCCCUCGCCUACGUGCAUUCCGCCACACGCGGCAACGCGCAAGGGGUCGAAUGGGAGCUUGAGGUCAGUGAUCAUGCGUCCGAGCAUCAAGAAUAUCAAACGGAGCUCUAGCAAGGAGCGUAUCGGGCAUGGGUAUGGGCAAGCGGAUGUGAUUCAUAUGACGGUGGUCCAGGAGACCGUCUGA